UUGCUUUUUGGGGAGGAUCACCUGCACCAGGUGGAGCCCCAGAAGACCCAUGUACUCCCCCGACAGCUCGCAGGAGCCCCCAAAUAACGGGACCCCAGGGCCCUUUGAUGGCCCCCAGUGGCCCCACCAGGCCCCACGGGCCGUGUACCUGUCGGUGGCCGUGCUGAUGGGCCUCGUCGUGGCCUCUGCCUCGGUGGUGAACGGCUUGGUCAUCGUGGUUUCCAUCAGGUACAAGAAGCUCCGGUCCCCCCUGAACUACAUCCUGGUGAACUUGGCCGUGGCCGACCUGCUGGUGACGCUCUGCGGCAGCUCCGUCAGCCUCUCCAACAACAUCAGCGGCUUCUUCGUGUUUGGCAAACGCCUGUGCGAGCUGGAGGGCUUCAUGGUCUCCCUCACAGGCAUCGUGGGGCUGUGGUCCCUGGCCAUCCUGGCCCUUGAGAGGUAUGUUGUGGUCUGCAGACCCCUGGGAGACUUUCGGUUCAAGCACCGACACGCCGUGAGUGGCUGUGCCUUCACCUGGAGCUGGUCACUGCUCUGGACAACCCCACCACUCAUGGGCUGGAGCAGCUACGUGCCUGAAGGUCUGAGAACCUCCUGUGGGCCCAACUGGUACACGGGCGGCAGCAACAACAACAGCUACAUCCUGGCCUUGUUUGUCACCUGCUUUGUGAUGCCCCUCAGCCUGAUCCUCUUCUCCUACGCCAACCUGCUGAUGACCCUGCGAGCGGCUGCGGCGCAGCAGCAGGAGUCGGACACGACGCAGCAGGCGGAGCGGGAGGUGACCCGGAUGGUGGUGGCGAUGGUGAUGGCCUUUCUCAUCUGCUGGCUGCCCUACAGCACCUUUGCACUGGUGGUGGCCACCCACAAAGACAUCACCAUCCAGCCAGCUCUGGCAUCUCUGCCCUCCUACUUCUCCAAGACCGCCACAGUUUACAAUCCAAUCAUUUACGUCUUCAUGAACAAACAGUUUCAGAGCUGCCUGCUGCAAAUGGUGUGCUGUGGUUACCAGCCCCGGGGGACUGGGAAAACCUCUCCGGCUGCCCCCCGUCCCCGCCCAGGCGUCGCUGCAGAGGGGCUGCAGAAUAAGGUGAUGCCGUCUCACCCCGUCUGAGCGCUGCCAGAUCCUGCCUGCCCAGCACCAGCGCCAGCUCCAGGCUCUGCCUGUCCCACCCAGCCUGGUACAGCACGGGCACAGA